AUGGUGGACACCGGUCUGUGCAAAAAACCUGUAAUUCGUUUUCCCAGCUUUUUACCACUAGUAACGGCAGAGUCGACGGCAAAAGAAAUAAUAACCACCGUUAGAAAGAACUUAUUUGAACUUUCCAUUCCGAGAUCAUUGCUCACAUUCAAUAACAUAUUUAGGUGUUAUCCGUACAAAAUGGCAUUGGACUUUAAAGAUUUUAUGGGCAGUGGCGUUGAUGUACACGAUGUUAAAUUAUCAUUCAACAAGGUAGCAUGA